GUAAUACUAACGGCACUCGAGGUACUCGGAUAUAAGGUUGUUGCUUCAUCCAGUACGAGUGUUAAACAGGAUUACAAUGAGUACAUGUGGACUAUGAGAAAAGAUUUCUCAGAACCUGAGCCAGAGUCUAUCGUUAAACCAGAGAGUUUGAAGUGCCCCACAUAGUUAAAAGAAAAACAAAAAACUCGUAAAUUUGAUCCGGCAAUAAAGCAAAAUGGAACAUCAAGGACACGACCACGAUGGAUGCUGUAAAUCUUCCGGGUCGAGUGUCAGCCAGAGUCUUGGAGAGAUGGAUUUCCAGCGGGGGAUAUGGUACGCAGCGCAAACAGAUGAUCUGAAUCGGGUUCAGAAACUCCUGGCGGACGGAAUUUCACCCUCAGAGGAGGACUCGGCGGGGUACACUGCACUGCACUACGCGGCCCGAUCAGGAAGUUACGAGAUCUGCAAACUCCUCCUCGAUCACGGUGCAGAUAUAAACGCAGUGACUCGUUGUGGAAGGGCCACAGCCCUCCACCGAGCCGCGACUCAAUCGAACGAUAAAAUAAUCCAGUUGUUCCUAAACUCCCGAGCCAACGUCAAUAUCCAGGACUCGGACGGUUACACAGCCCUUCACCGAGCAGCGUUAUCAGGUUCAAAAUCUACCUGGGACCUUCUCGCCCCUAAAACGGAUCAAAAUCUACUUGAUAACAAGCGCAGAACCGCCCGCGACCUAUUAAAAUCGCAGUGAUAGCAAAAAUUAAUAAAAAUAAGAAAAAAAUCAAUAUUUUGCUUUACUU